AUGUACAUCAAUCACCCAAGAGCGAGACUACCGCCUUCAAUUAAACUCUUUGGCUUAAUAUUCCUUAUAAGAUUAGUUAAUGCUAUUUCAAUACAAACAUUUUUUCAAGCUGAUGAGUUUUACCAGUCUUUAGAACCAGCUCACAAUUUCAUUUACGGCUAUGGUUAUAUAACCUGGGAAUGGCACGCCAAAUUAAGAUCAUCUAUACAUCCCCUAAUUUACUCGUUGGGCUACAAAAUUGCACGAGAAAAUAAGCAGCUUAUAUGGUUUAUUCCCAAAUUGAUCAAUAGUUUAAUUGCGACGGUUAUGGAAUAUCAACUAUACCGAUUUGUUCAAGUUUAUUCGAGGGAUAGCAAUUUAGCUCGUAUCACGUUGAUUUUGUCCCUAUUGAAUCCAUUCAAUUGGUAUGUUUUAACAAGAUCAUUUUCCAAUAAUUUGGAGACAUGUCUAACGGUAUGUGCAUUGAGGUACUGGCCGUGGAAGGGGAAAGUUAGCGGUUACAAUUGGUAUCUUAGCUUGGGCUUUGGUUUCCUUAGCUGUAUUAUACGACCAACAAAUGUUAUACUAUGGAUACCUUUGGGUCUUUGGCUUUUGACAAGAUUACAAAUCAGUUUUACAUGGGUGAUAUCUUCAAUAACGGAAGUGUGUGCGUUAUUUUCAUUGUCAAUAGCGCUUGAUUACUACUUUUACCAGGAUUUCACUAUACCACUUUAUAACUUCCUUCAAUUCAAUGUUGUUAAGAAUUUGUCAAUAUUCUACGGUGUUGCUCCGUGGCACUUUUAUUUGUUUCAGGCAGUGCCAUUAAUGAUGAUGCUAUAUUUGCCUUUGCUAGUGUAUGGUUUAGGCAAAGAUCUGCUAUUGAUUAGUAGUCUCGUUUAUUUGGUGGGAUUCUCCUCAAUUCAACACAAAGAGUUCCGUUUUAUUAUGCCAUUACAGCCAAUUAUGUUAUACUAUGCAGCUCGUGGCUAUCAAAAGUUGAAACGCUUUAAACAGUAUGUCCCACUUGCCAUAUUUUUAAACAUCCUUAUUGCAAUAUUUUUCGGUAAUGUUAAUGAAAGAGGUGUUAUGAAGGUUUUGGAUUUUAUGAAAGCACACAAGGACGCUACUUUUGGCUUCUUGACACCUUGCCAUUCGACCCCAUGGCAAAGCCAUUUGCACAACCCUGAUUUGAGAGCAUGGUUUUUGACCUGCGAGCCACCACUACAUUUACUGCAUUUCUCAUCACAGGAACUAAAAUCAUAUCGAGACCAAUCUGAUGUGUUCUACAAUAAUCCCGAACUUUUUAUCAAAGACAACCUUGGGUCAAGUUUGGACUAUCCAGAGUUUAUUGUUGUCUUUUCACCCUUGAAAGAGUUGAUAAAACAAGAAUUGGGCAAUUACAUCUUGUACAAGCAAUAUUUCAAUAGCUUUUUUCACUGGGACAGCAGGAGAAGUGGCGAUUUGAUUAUUUUUAAGAGAGAAGAGCAAAGUGAUCUAGAUAGCAUGAGUGUAUAG